AUGUCGACCUUCCCUGCGCCGCCGUCUUCCACGCCCGACUGCCAUCAGAACCCUCACCCGCCAUCGUUGCCAACCGCCGACCAACUCGCUCAAGUCAAACAAGCCAUUAUCUCCCUCCUUAACCAACCCGGCUAUGACGACGGCAGCGCGGGGCCCGUCCUGGUCCGCCUCGCCUGGCACAGCGCCGGCACAUACUGUGCGCAGACCAACACGGGCGGCUCCAACGGGGCAGGCAUGCGCUAUGAGAAGGAAGGGGGCGACCCGGCCAACGCGGGGUUGCAGCACGCGCGGGCCUUCUUGGAGCCCAUCAAGCGGCAGUUCCCGUGGAUCACGUACGCCGACCUGUGGACGCUGGCGGCCGUGGUCGCCAUCCGCGCGAUGGGCGGGCCCGAGAUCCCCUGGAUGGGAGGCCGCACAGACUUUGCCGACGACGACUCCAGGUUGCCGCCGCGAGGUCGCCUGCCGGACGGCGCCAAGGGCAGCGACCACCUGCGCUGCAUCUUCUAUCGCAUGGGCUUCGACGACCGUGAGAUUGUCUGUCUGAGCGGCGCGCACAACCUGGGCCGCUGCCACGCUGACCGUUCCGGCUUCGAGGGCAAAUGGGUCAACAACCCCACGCGCUUCAGCAACACGUACUUCAAGCUGCUCCGCACGCACGACUGGAAGAAGAAGACUCUGCAGAACGGGAUGGUGCAGUACGUGUAUGUGGAUGACGAUGCGCAAGACGGCGACGAGGGGGUCGAGGAGGCCGAGGAGCUGAUGAUGCUGCCCACGGACAUGGCCCUGCUCGAGGACCCGCAGUUCCGUGUCUGGGUAGAGCGGUAUGCGGCCGACAAGGAGCUCUUCUUCACCGACUUUGCGCGCGUCUUCGCCAAGCUGCUGGAGUUGGGCAUCCGGCGCGACCCCCAGUCCGGCGCCGUGCUCAACGACGAGAACGUCCACGCCGGAUAUCGCAGCGCUCCGAAGAAGAGCGACGCCCCAAUAGCGUCCGCAGCGACACGAGACCGUGUGGGUUGGGGCAGCAACAACGACCAUGCGGGCGCGCAGGUGAAGGUGGCGUUGAGCAAGACGAAUGCAACGGCGAGGACGUCCAAAUUGUAG